GAAAGGAAAUAAAAAAAAAAAGACUGGUCCUCUAAUAUGCCUACAUUUGUUAUAAACUUAAUAAAUAUUUGUGAUGAAUAAAAUUGCAAAGAUAUUGGCGCAGCAGAGACAUGGAAGGAUAAAAAUUGACACAUACGAUAAAGGACAUUUUAGGUUGGCCCCACUUUUAUCCUCUUCAAAACUGCACUUGUACUCAUCAUAUCAUCAUCAUCAUCAUCACCAUUUCCGUUCACCAGGGAGAGCGAUGAAAGCACGCUACUUACCUUUUCAGUGGGUACUGCCACUGUUACCCCUCCUUCUAUGCUGUGCGACGGAGGAGUCUUCUACUACUUCCACAAGCAUCAUCUUCACCACACUUGGCAGAGCUUAUUACGCCUUUGACAUCUAUUCCCUCCCAAUUCAACAACAACCGCAUAUCCCUAACAAAGAAUUACGUCUCACCGAUGGCCACUCCGUCAAUUUUAACGGCCACUUCAUUUCCAACAACUCCGCUGUCCAACUCCCCACCACCCAAACCCCUCCACUCCAACUGGUUUACAUAACCGAGAGAAACGGCUCCCCCACCAUAUACUACGACGCCGUUUAUCCCCACUCUUCCACAGCCGCCAGAAGGUCCGCUCUUGAAUCUGUUAGCUCUAAUAGAAUCCAAUUCCCUCUGUUACCCAAUUCGCUAACUGACACCCAAGUUUCCAUCAAAGAUAAGCCCAGCCUAACCCCCGAUGGCCAAUAUUUGGUAUACGUGUCCACCCACGAGAACCCGGGCCUCCCACGGGCCAGUUGGGCCGCCGUUUACUCCACCCACCUCCAAUCGGGCCUCACUCAAAGGCUCACCCCCUACGGAGUUGCUGAUUUCAGCCCAGCCCUCUCUCCCUCCGGACUAUGGACCGCCGUUGCUUCUUACGGCCCAGACGGUUGGGCCGGCGAGGUAGAGGACCUCACUACGGACAUCUACGUUUUCCUAACACGCGACGGAACUCAACGAGUCAAGGUCGUCCAACACGGUGGCUGGCCCUCCUGGAUCGACGAUCGAACUCUUUACUUCCACAGGAGAGGCCAAGACCAGUGGUGGAGUAUCUACAAAGCAACAGUCCCCGCCGACGGUCCCGUUUCCACUGACUCGGUCAUGGUCGAACGAGUCACCCCGCCGGGUCUCCACGCGUUCACACCUGCAACCUCCCCGGGCAACAACGACUUCAUCGCCGUUGCAACGAGAAGGCCUGGCUCGAGUUUCCGUCACAUCGAGCUAUUCGACCUGGUUAACAACGAGUUCAGAGAGCUAACUAGGUUGGUCUCGCCCCAAGCUCAUCACCUCAACCCGUUCAUCUCGCCCGAUUCAACCCGGGUCGGGUACCACAAGUGCAGAGGAGAACCCAACAGAAAGGAUAGAAGCAGCAGCCCCCAGUUGUUGCUCGAGAAUGUUCGGAGCCCCGUGCCUGGUUUAACUCUCUUCCGGUUCGUCGGUUCGUUUCCGGUUUUCUCACCCUCCGGCGACCGAAUCGCUUACGUUGAGAUGCCGGGCGUUUACGUGGUGAACCGGGACGGUUCGAACCUGCGUAAGGUUUUGAACGUGAUGGCCUUCUCGACGGCUUGGGAUCCUGUUCGACCCGGUGUCAUCUACACUGCCGUCGGAGAAACGUUUGCUCCGGAGAGCUCGCAGGUUGACAUAAUAUCCAUCGACGUUGACCGAAAGGACAGCCUUAAGCGUUUGACCCUUGACGGGAAGAACAACGCAUUUCCCUCACCAUCUCCGGACGGAAAAUGGAUUGUGUUCCGGUCGGGUAGGACGGGUCAUAAGAACUUGUACAUAAUGGACGCUGUUGGUGGAGAACAAAAGGGGCUUAGAAGGUUGACGGAGGGUGCAUGGACGGACACCAUGUGCAACUGGUCACCGGACGGAGAAUGGAUCGCAUUUGCAUCGGACCGGCACGACCCGGGUAGUGGGAGCUUCGAAUUGUACCUGAUCCACCCGAAUGGAACCGGGUUGAAGAAGCUGAGACAAAGCGGGUCGGGUGGGAGGAUAAACCACCCGUAUUUUAGCCCGGAUGGGAAGAGUAUAACGUUUACUUCUGACUAUGCGGGUAUAUCAGCGGAGCCAAUCUCGAACCCGCAUCACUACCAACCCUAUGGUGAAAUAUUCACCGUUAGCUUAGACGGUUCUGGUCUCCAGAGAUUGACCCAUAAUUCGUAUGAGGAUGGAACACCCGCUUGGUCGCCCAAGUACAUACCCCCAGUUAAUGUUGAGAGGCCAAAGGGAGCCUAUUGCUCUUUUGAAGAUUGUCAUUGGCUCAACCACAUGCCCACUGUGGUGCCUGCUUAUGCUACUAUGGCUGCACCCGCUGUAUCAAACGCUCAGUGUGGUCUGUAAAUGCUGUGUUGAUAUAAUGAGUUUCCGUAAUGUAUGAUAUGAUACGUCAAUAGAUGUGGGCUAAACCGCUAUGUGAAAGAUAGUAGACUGAGCAUGCUUUGUUAGUGUAAUUUUGAUGUCCAAACACUUAUAAGGCAAAUAAAUAACUUCCCCUCCACUUCUUCUGUAGACUGACUGAAUUUUGAGGUACUCGAUAGAAGCAACACCCGAAAAAGGAGCACAUGAAAAUUAACAUACCACAUUUGCUGUUUUUAAAUGACAGCAAACUUUUGUUUAUAUAUGUCAUAUUUCAAAAGUAAAGUAGACUCGCUUAUUCAUCAUAUUCAUCAGCCCAGAUUGUCAUGCUUACAAAUGCACUUUUAAAUUUGUCAGGACAAAACUUAGGACUACCUUAGUACUUUUAAUGUUGUUUAAAUAAAUUUCAAGUUUUACCACAAUAAAUUGUGUUUAUAAGAAAGGUUGGUUGAAAACCUGCAUCAAAAUAAAAUUGCAACUGGACUAGAUAAAUUGGACAAAAUUUUACACAUUGGCUCCUUUUAGCCAUUAAUGAUGCCGAAGCAGUAGCUAAUAAUACAGAUUGAUUCUUGAAGCGUUGAUUUUUUGUGAACUUGUGGCAUAGCAGGUACAAGAAUUCUAAUUAAGAUGAUGGGGGGUUGACAGCUACAUUGUACAGUGUAAGAGAAGCAUAUUCUCUCGAGACACAGAGUUAUGUCAAUCUAAGCCUAUCCCAACCGGAAGUAAGACUGUCAUCCUGCUCAAUUCUGGAAAAAUUCUGGAGGUAUUGAAGGAGGGCAGUACUUCCUGGCCACAUAUUUGUACUGAAACACAGAUAAAUUAUGAGAACGCACUCAAACAAAUGCAAAUUAGAGUUAGGACUGUUGCAACAAAGCCGAUGCAGAUCCUUUACACAAACACACAGAUCAGAAGGUUGGUAGAGUGUGUAAUGCUGCAAUGUCGAAUUCUGUUGCAAGAAACAAAAACAGUCGAGUCAAACAAAUAUCCUAAAACAAAUAAUGUACACAUAAUCUUUGUUGUUAGCAUCAUACCCAUGGUUUCUUCGAAGGGAAAAGAAUGAAUUUUGCCAGGAAAAUUGCAGAAGCGGCUACAAGUGAUGGAGCAUGACAAAGCAUGUUGUACUCCAAUAGAGACAAUUCGGCAAUAUAGUUUGUCAAGCACUCUAGUUGCAGGGAAGGGACCUGAGAAAUUCAAAAAUAAAACACGAGAAAGGAAUCAGUACUUCAGAAAUGGAAUUCAUAGUAAUUAUAAAUAGGUGCAAUCACUAUAUAAAUGCGGUACAAGAACAACAAAUAUGCAAAUAUCAAACCUACAAACAAUGCUAUCUUCUUAUAUGGCAAUGACAAAUAACACCAUUGCCAUUAUAUUAUGUUUCUAUUUUACUAUAACUCGAAAUUAAUUUUGACAGAGUAUUUCACAGAAUCUAAACUAAUAUUUGUUCAUCUAACAAUAUACAACUAGUAGCGUAUGCUUUUGGUUACUUAAGAUAGCUCGCUAGCUUAUAUUUUCAUCGGUGACUCUUAUUGAAGACAACAGCCAUCUCGCAAUGUUUACACUUGAAUACAAAUGUGUUGUAAUAUACCCCCAGUGUUUAGAAAAGCCAAUAAUGGUAUAUGAACCUUAGAAGCAUAUGCAUGGUGUUGAUGACAUUUCUAACAUACUAUUUGGAGUAAAUAUACUCGUAAUAGCAAAGCGAUGUGCCUAUCAUCAAAAUGCUCCAGCACUGUUUGAACAUUUCCUAUUUAUUACACAGGUGCAUAAACAAUAGACAAUUGACCAACUUAAGCGAGGAAGAUACCUCGUCAACUCCUUGAGCUGCACGAACAAAUCUUCUGUAAAUCAUACCAACAAAGAAAAAAAAUUUAUAUUAGAUCAGCAUCAAAGAUUUUCAAACGGUCAAUCUGUUAGUCAUGUGUUAACUUACUACCUUAGGAAACACUUAAUUGUUGGGGCUGUCAUUUCGAACUUCAAAAAAUUCAAGAGAGCAGAUUCCAUCUGCAAAACCUGCAUCAAAUGAUUUUGGACUGAUGGUUGAGAUGUGCACACUUCAAAAUCACAUGCCAUAAACAGAUGAGAGUAAGCCGCAAAAGUUAACCAACCAAACAAUUCAACCCAUACCUCUUCUUUGAAGUAUGUGUUAUCAGUUAUGUAACAAAAUUCCUCCACCUGAGGUGCACAAAUCUCCUCAUAUUUGCUGCCAACAAGAACCAAAAACCGAAUUAAUUUAUUGUUAUUGAAUGCCUUCGAAUGCUUGAAAGAAAAUUCGUAGGAACGCCAUCAAUCAAAAAAAUAUGAGGGACUUGUAUGCUUCCUUACGAGGCAAUCAUCAUGGAGGCAACACCAAGUAGUUGUAACUUUUGCCUAUUCAUCACGUUCCCUGAAAGAUACCGAUCAAUGUAGUUUACUGUCAAAUACAAUGUAUCAGGUACUAGUCUAUACUCUUCAGCCACCUGCAAUUGGAAAUUGAUGUUUAGAACAUAGCCAUAUACACCAAUUAAUUACAUAAUAAUAAUAAUACUAAUAAUAAUAAUAAUAUCUAAAUUUUUUAACUUCCCAUGUGUUUGCAGGGGAUGUUAAAAUUCACAUGUGACAAAACAUUACCUCCACAAGCCAGUCAAUCAAUAUAGCACGCAUGCUGGGAUUUAUGUCCUUCUGAACGCUUUCCAUGAAGUCUGUGGAAGGCCUUUUCUUCGCCUAAAAUUUCAUAAAUAGGAAAAGAUCAGACCACUUUCAAUAAAUUAUAAUCAUUUUGUUAGCUACAUUUGGCAUGUUUAAGUAGAGAAAACUAAAAUAAACUAUAAUAACAAGAUAACUGUAACAGGGAAAAUGAAGCUUUACCUCAGAUGCACGCAGGUGCUUGUAGAUAUCACAAGCAAAGGAUGCACAGAGCUGUGGAUCCGUGUAAUUAUUAUCGACACUGACAAUUUUGUCCCCCUUUUCCAACUCAACAAGUAUGUCUCUACUACAGAUGUUACCUGCAAACACAUGAACAAGACAAUAACACUACAUUAGAAUAUAAAUAUGAACCAAAUAAUUUUUAAAUGAAAGUCAAGUCAACUGGACUUGGCUACACGGAAACAAUAAAAAAACAAAAUGAAACCUGCUGGGUCUGUAGUAUCAGAGAUGUUUAAAUUGCAGAAUGUCUUCCUCUCAAUUGAAUCAACUGCUGCAACAUCACUAUUGUCGACAUACUCAAUGUCAGGACUCUUGAAAGAAUCACAAGAAGACAUUGACUCGUCCAUUGAAACUGACAUGCCAUCUGAUUUACUAGGUGAAACAUCCAUGGUGCUCGAAACAUGAACAGUGAGGGUUGCAACUGAAGGAGCAGCAGCUCCAUUCUUUUCUAAGAUUGAAGUAGCCUUAGGAAAAACAACAGCACUGGUAGAUUUAACACUAGGCAAAGAGGGUCUUUUAUUCCCUGAAACUGCUGAACUAGUGAAGCAUGGUGGAACUUCUUUCUUGGUCUUAGCAACCUUAGUUCCGCAUGGCACCUAGCAAUGCAAAAUUCAAUCAAAUCACAACCCAUUAUAAAACCAUAACUUGGUAACA